AUGCCCCCCACCAACCCCCAACACCCCAUCCUCCACACCCCCAGCACCGCCCUCUCCACCUCCGGCAACCAAACCACCGGCAUGAUCCGGCAAAAGGCCCUCGUCAACGCCUGCUCCAACAUCUGCGCCUCGCGCAUGAUCGCGAAACCCCACACCGCCUCCGCGGUCCACCACCACGGCGAGGAGAACACGAUUGUGUUUGCGCAUGCCGGGCACGGCGCGAUUGUGAGUGAGGGCGGGAGGAAGAGGGUGGAGUUGAUGCCGGGGGAUUAUGCGUUGAUUCCGGCUUAUGCUGAGCAUCAGGAAGUUAACGAUUCUGACGAGGACGUCGUCUGGGCGAUUGUGAGGAGUGGCAAGGAGCCGAUUGUCGUCAAUCUAGAGGGUUGGGGGACGAGUUGA